AUGGCCACAUCUGGCAGGAUCAGUUUUACAGUGAGGAGCAUUUUGGAUUUACCAGAGCAGGAUGCUAAUAGCAUAAAGCAAGCCUCUGACCAACACCACUCAGCGGAGAACUACACCGGCUCGCCGUACCGAGGGUGGAUAGAAACAGACAGAAAUAAUUAUCCCUCUUCCGACGAGAGCGGCCCGGAGCUGAGCUUGCCCGACUCCACCCAAAGGUCGCUCCCCGCCCGCGGCUCGGAGGCCGAGGAGAAGAAGAAGAAGCGGCGGGUGCUCUUCUCCAAGGCGCAGACGCUGGAGCUGGAGCGGCGGUUCCGGCAGCAGCGGUACCUCUCGGCGCCGGAGCGGGAGCAGCUGGCCCGGCUGCUCAGCCUCACGCCCACCCAGGUGAAGAUCUGGUUCCAAAACCACCGCUACAAGAUGAAGCGUGCGCGGAGCGAGGGCGCCGGCAGCCCCCCGCCGCGCCCGCCCGCCCUGCUGCGCCGGGUGGUGGUGCCGGUGCUGGUGCGGGACGGGGAGCCCUGCCGCGGCUGCCCCGCCAGCCCCCCGCCGCCCGCCGCCCGCCCCAAGCUGGGCUGCGCGCUGGCGGGCUGCAGCGCCCAGGCCGCCCUCGCCCUGCAGGGCUACCGCGCCUGCCCGCCCGCCUCCGCCGCCGCCCUCGGCGUCUUCCCCGCUUACCAGCACUUAGCGCACCCCGCCGUCGUCUCCUGGGGAUGGUGA